UUUUUUCUUCAAUGUCGGAGGCGUUCCAGACAUGGCAUCAUUACCUCUCUCUCUCUCUCUCCUUUUUACUCUCUUUUCUUCUUCCUCUCUCCUUCAUUUCUCUUCCAUUCCUUCCUUCCAUGGCCACCUCGCCGGAACCCUUCCCGGAAAAACCGCCGACCUUCCGCGCUCCCCCUCCGUCACCAAUCGCCACCGCAUCCGGCCGGCGCUCCGCCGUCGCAAACGACAACGAGCUCGCCGAGUUCCUCGAGAACUCUCUCCGGGUUCCCCACCUCGUCUUGCCGGAUCCGCUCUUCCCGCUGGAAGUCUCUGCCGGAAACCCCCCGGAAAUCGACUUCCGGUCGUUGAACUCGGCGGGAAGUGAAUCCGUUAUGAAGCUUCUAGAUUCAGUCGCCGGAGUCGGCUGCUUUCAGCUUGUGAAUCACGGGAUCUCCGGUGAUUUGGUCGGAGCUGUUCGGGCGGCGGCGGGCGGGAUCUUCCGGAUAUCGCCGGAAAAGAAGGCGAUGUUGUCGAGGUCGCCGGAGAUGGUAUACGGAUUCGAGGAGGAGGUGUCGGAAACGAUGAGCGAGGAGUUCUUUUGGGGGAGCAGAGACGAGAAGGAACGAGAAGGCUUAAAAGCUUUGAUGGAGGGAGUCUGGCCUGAUGGAUUUUCGAAUUUCAGUCAGAAAACCGAAAUCCUUUCAAAGGCCAUCGAGAUGGUUGCUGGCAAAGUUGUACAAAUACUGUUGGAAAAUAUGGAGAAUAGAUCUUUUCAUGAAACAUUGCAAAGGGAAGACGAUGCCAUUGGUCCGGUUCUCUGCCUCUACAAGCAUGGCCGGAAAAUCUCGUCAGGCCAGUGGGUUAGCUCACUGAAAUCCGACGUCAUACGGAUGCUGAUUGGGAGAUCAGAUUACUCACAUGCCUUGUGCAUGCAUUUAUGUGAUGGUUGUUCAGAUUUUCACUUCUACUCAAAGAAAGGUUGGAUGUCCUUCUGCCCAAACAAGGAAGCUAUAGUUGUGACCGUUGGAGAUCAGAUACAGGCAUGGAGUGAUGGACUCUACAAGCACGUCAUCGGAAGGCCGAUCUUCCAGAUGCAAGAUGAAGACUCCAUAUCAAUGGCAUUCCUCUAUUCUCCUCCAUCCAUGGUACUAGUACAAAGCCCCUCUUCACCCAGCUGCAGAGACAAGUCUAUUUCGCUCGGCCAACAAGUCAUAGUAGCUAUAUGCCUAACACUACUCUACCACUUUCUAUUCUACAUUUCAAAAGGAGCUUCCCACUAACUACAUACAUGCUAAAACAAGGAGAGGAACCAUGGCUGCUUUUGAUGAUUUUCCGCUGGGUCACAUCCAUAACGCAAACGCAUCUGCCUUUCAUGCUGUUGUGAUAUUUAAAACACAAUGACAACAAAAACAUCAUUACUCGAUUGGUAGCACAGAUGAAACAAGUGCUGGGUUGUAUGCAUAAACAGAAUGACAGACCUCAAGAUUCAAAUCCCAUAGAAAAAUCAUUGUAAUUGCGGGUUUGAUGGUGAUGCAUAAUUUCAAUUUGCGAGUGUUUUACGAUAUGGAAUUCAUUCUUUCCUUUA